AUGCCUAAUUACAUCAAGUGCAUGAAAGAGUUGCUGACCAAGAAAGGAACCUUGAAAGGGGGACAAACAGUGAUAAUGGACAAGGAAUGUAAUGCCCUCAUCAAAAAGGAUUUACCUCUAAAGAAAAAAGAUCCGGGGAGCUUUCAUAUCCCCUAUGCCAUAGGAAAUACAAGGAUUGAUAGAGGAUUCUGUGAUCUAGGAGCCAGCAUAAAUGUGAUGCCUCUGUCUCUCAUGAAAAAAUUGCAAAUCAAUGAACUGAAAUCCACAGAUGUGGUCAUCCGAUUGGCUGAUAAGACUCAGAAGCAAGUUGAAGGAGUAAUUGAGAACAUAUUGGUCAAAGUGGGAAAUUACUUUCUCUCCACUGACUUUGUUGUUCUAGACAUGGAGGAAAGUUACCUCCAUCCAAUCAUUCUGGGAAGACCAUUUCUAGCUAUUGGUAGAGCACUCAUUGAUGUGAAACAAGGAGAGUUAAUACUGAGAAUACAUGAUGAACAUCUCACUUUCCAAGUUUUUAAACCUGCAACCAAUUCUGAGCCAGAACCUAAGGAGCUGAACAAUGAUUAUAGCAAAUUACCCCUGGAAGAAAGCAACAGUGAAUCAGAAACAUAG